CCUGCUCCUACACUAUCACAACCACCGUCUCUAGCGCGAUCUUGCACGAUGUCACGACACAGGGAUGUAAGAAAUAUCAACUUGGAUGAUGAACUUGACGACGACGCCUUGUCUGAUGGCGGCGAGGAAGAAAUGACUGAACAAUAUCAAGCUGAAUUAAAUGCAUCUUUCGAGCAAGUACUGGACGUCAUUGGCGGCGAAGAGACCACGGGCAUUUCUGAACGCGAAAUCAAAGAGUACCUUUGGCAAUGUUAUUUUAAAGUUGACCAGACAAUUGAAUGGGCGCUCGAUGAACAAGAAAGACGACGCUUAGCUAGGGAGCGGAAAGACAUUGACUCAAACCAAGGUGUUCCUACCGUUGUUCUGGAUGAACACUUGCCGAACCAUUAUUCAUCUGAGAGCAGCCAGAUGCCUGCGCAUUAUGAGAACAACGGGAGAUCUCGAGUACCGUUGAUUGUUCUGGCGCAACAACAACAGCGGAUGCAACAGCAGGAGGAAAUGCAACGUCAAAUGCAAAACUAUGAGCUGGUGAACGAUGAAGAGUCUUCAACUGAGGCGACCCCUCAACUUCCUAGACGAAUGCUGAGCACAAUCACUGAAAAGAGCGAAAGAACUGAACCCUAUUGGUCGCCUAAUACACAAUAUAAUCAAAAUCCACCUCCUCCAAGUUCUAUAACCACGUCGUACGGACAGGUGAUAAAUAGAGAUACACAGUACGAGACACAUGUCUCCGAGAAUCCCAAUUCUAUUCCUCCAUCUCCAUCCCCAUCAGUUGUUCGCAGGCUAUCUCAGUAUUCGCCUCCUCCUUCUCUCCUCCGUUCGGAUUCUCGGAGUUCAACGUCAUCAGCGCAUGCACCGAGUGUAUCUGUCCCACCAAUCGAUACCAUUCCAGACAUCCCAGAUACCAACAGUAGAUCUACUCGUCAUGUUCCAGCACCCGUCAAGAAGACGUCCAAACUGUCUCAGCUCGCCGCUAAUGCUCGGGCUAGUAACAUGUCUCUUGCGAAGACUGAGCGAUCAGGACCUUCGGGAAGUGCAAUAGACGAGGGCUCUGUGAGGACUUGGCCCGCGCUUCGCCCAACUGCGACAUCCAUUCCCCCCUCACCUUCACCUCUCCCAGCAACCCGUUUGUCUACUCACUCGUCUGCUCAUUCCUCAACGACAUCAAUCAUCAGAAAGGCCGUCCAGACAGCGAUGGAGCUCGAAGCAUUGGAUCAGCAAAGGCCACCAAAAGUCCCCCCGAAAGAUCCGCCCAGGGACCCUACACCAGCUCCGACAGACUCGGUUCCUGCCUCGAACGACCCUAUUCCUGCUUCGAACAAUCCUACACCUGCACCUAGUCAGUCACGGUCUCUUGAACCUCAGACUCCUACCCCGCCUACGUCUCCACGUAGGGCGUUAUCUAUCAAUAGGCCAGCUGCCCCAACCCCAUCCAGAAAGGCAGAGUUGCCAUCUCCAGAUACCGUGCGGAAGCCCUCUAAACUUGCUUUAUUGGCACAGUCCAAGGCAGCUCCUAAAGCAGUCGCUAGGCCGAUUCCUACAAAGGGACCCAGUCUUCUGGAUUCUGAUAUCGGGCGUAAACCGAAACCUGGUCAGCACUUUACAAAAUACCUGGCACCGGUGGCCAACGGUGACACCGUGACCACUGCCAUCACCUACUCUUAUGAAUCGCUCCGCACGUUGACUGAUCCCAAGCGACCACCGGAAGAGGCGCCAUAUGUCGUUACCCUUGAAGAGGCGCUCGAAAAGAAACCCUCGAAGCUCGCAGCGAAGAUCAAGAAAAUGCAAGAAAAGCAUCGGAGCAUUGUUUUGCCUGAGCAUGAAGAAGUCGAGUUGCCUUCUGCUCCCCCGUUAUUCCUCCCCAGUUCGGCUCCUCGCGCGCUGCCUUCCGCAUUCGCUACCAUCCUCGUCGAUGAUCUGACGUCUUCCAAGCACAAGGCGAAACAAAAAGACGGGCAUCACAAAUCAAAGACGAAACACAGGCGCCAGGAUUCGGCAGAAGAGGGCAUACGUCAUAGUCGUGAAGAAGCCGCACCAAUCGUGCCAGGCCUUGCUUCCCCCGCCGCAUUCAAGUUUGACGAACCAAGUCCCGACGACGUUGUCAUGCGUGCACGACAAGGUUCAGCCUUAGCCAACAAAGGCGCUCUACCUUCUGCGGCACGGACAAAAGCGUCUUCUUCCACCAAAGCUUAAUUUAUACUUCUGCACUUCUUCCCCUCUUUUCUUUUCUUUUCUUUUUUCUUUUUUCCUUUUCUAUUCUUUUUGUCGUCUGUAUUCUUACUUGUGUGUAAUUUUAUAGCUGCGAGAGAACGCGAGAAACUCCACAAAGCUCAGACACAGAAGAACCUAGCAUCAGUGAAGUCGGCUUCGAACUCUAGAGCAGGCUCGCCUGUUCCCGCCAAAGGAUUCAAAGCACCGGGAACACCCACAAAAGCAUCAGCUACCGGAAGAUCGGGGACAUCGACUCCAGUUGAUCAACGAAUGAUAGAUCUUUC